UCGAUUAUAGUCCCCCUUCCUCGCAGCAGCAGCCGGCGGCUCCCAGCAUGCACCGCGGCGGCGGCGGCGGCGGCUCGGCCGGACCAGCCGCCUGGCCGCGGCGGAGGGAUACGAGGUCCUGUUGGGAGCAGGUGAACAAGGAUGCGGUUCCGGGAGCCGGGACACCUUCAGGCAGGAAAUACUGGGACGGGAGGCGGAGGAGAGAGCCGGAUGCCCCGCGGUGGCUGUAGGUAGGUUGCGCAUAUCGGGGGACAGGGAGAGAAAGAGGAACUAGUCGUCUGCAGAACCCCGAAACCCCCCCCCCUCUCCGUUUCCUGCGGACGGGCCGACUAGUCUGGAUAUUACCACUACCUGCUGUCAUGGAAAAGCCCGGAUCCGGAGGUCGGGAUUGAGAAACCUGCGGGCACCCCCCUGGACCCCCAAAUCUCGCUGAACCCCGAGGGCCUCUUCACCUCCCUCUCCGCAGGCCAGCAUGUCAGGUAGCUACACUCCGACCCCCGGUGGCCCUUUCUCGGCCCUCACACCCAGCAUGUGGCCCCAGGACCUCCUGUCCAAGUACUACCAGAAGGAUUCCGAGGAGCUGGAGAUCCAGUACGAUGAGUUUGGCUUCCGGGUGGAGAGCGAAGAUGGCACCGAGCUGCAGCCCGACCAGCUCUCGGGGACCCCGCUGGUAGAGGACCCCCAGCAGCGACUGCGCUGGCAGGCCCACCUGGAGUUCACCCACAACCACGCGGUGGGCGACCUGACGUGGGAGCACAUCUCCCCCACCCUGGCCCGCUCGGACCGGCUGAGAGCGCUGGUGCUGGCGGGCAUACCCCACAGCAUGAGGCCGCAGCUGUGGAUGCGGCUGUCUGGGGCGCUGCAGAAGAAGAGGACCUCCGAGAUCACGUACAGGGAGAUCGUCAAGAACAGCUCGAACGACGACACCACUGCCGCCAAACAGCCUCUCUGGGCAGCCAGGUCAGCCUGUGUCCCCAGUUUCUCUGGCCAGGCUGUGGUCACUGAGCCUGUCCUCUCUGGUCAGCCUGUGUCCCCAGUUUCUCUGGCCAGGCUGUGGUCACUGAGCCUGUCCUCUCUGGGCAGCCAGGUCAGCCUGUGUCGCCCAGUUUCUAUGGCCCGAUCGUGGUCACUGCUCUCUCUCUGGGUGCUGCGCAGUACAGUCACCAUCUCUCUCUCCCUGCAGGAGGACGAGCUGGUGUCGUCGGAGAACUCGGCCUCCAUCUUCAACACGCUGUCGGACCUGCCCUGCCAGCUCACAGACGGGCAGCAGGUGCUGGAGGAGGCGGUGCGCCUGGCGGGGGCGCUCUCCCCCGACCAGCUGGAGGCGCAGAGGCGCAAGCACCUGGCCUACAUCCUGGCGGAGCAGGCCGAGCUCAACACCGCCCACACCCUCGGCACUGGCCUGGGCAAGGUGGUGCGCAGGCAGAGCCAGCGCAGGAAGUCGGCCCUCACCUCGCUGCUGUUCGGGGACGACGAGGCCGAGGCCCUGAAGGCCAAGAACAUCCGGCAGACGGAGCUGGUGGCCACGCUGAGGGAGGCCAUCGGCCGGCUGGCCACGCACUUCCACUGCCUGGACCCCCGGCACAGCAGCACGGACCUGACCCCGGACUACUCGAUGGAGAGCCACCAGCGGGACCACGAGAACUUCGUGCUGGUGUCGCGUUGCCGGCGGCGCCGGGCGCGGGCCCUGCUGGACUUCGAGCGCCACGACGACGACGAGCUGGGCUUCCGCAAGAACGACAUCAUCACGAUAGAGAAGGACCUGCUGCGCACCAUGCCCUCGAACGCCUGUUUCUCCAGUCUGAACAGUGUGGGCGUGCCGCGACUGCGCAGGGUACUGCGGGGACUGGCCUGGCUCUACCCAGAGAUCGGCUACUGCCAGGGCACCGGCAUGGUGGUGUCCUGCCUGCUGCUCUUCCUGGAAGAGGAGGACGUGCUGUGGAUGAUGUGCUCCCUCAUCGAGGACCUGCUGCCCCCCUCCUACUUCACCUCCACCCUGCUGGGGGUGCAGACGGACCAGAGGGUGCUGAGGCAGCUCAUCGUGCAGUACCUGCCCCGACUGGACAGGCUGCUGCAGGAGCACGACAUCGGACCGGCUGCUGCUCUGCUCUGUUGCGUAUCGCAGGCCGCCAGCCGAGAGGUGGAGCGAGACUUCAACUCCGUCUAUUCCCGGCUCGUCCUCUGCAAGACCUACAGGCUAGAUGAAGAUGGAAAGGUCUUGACUCCUGAAGAGCUGCUGUACAGAGCUGUCCAGUCUGUCAAUAUGACCCACGACACAGCGCACGCCCAGAUGGACGUCAAGUUUCGCUCCCUGAUCUGCGUGGGCCUUAAUGAGCAGGUCCUCCACCUGUGGCUGGAGGUGCUGUGCUCUAGCGUCCAGUCGGUCGAGAAGUGGUACCAGCCCUGGUCCUUCCUGCGCAGCCCUGGCUGGGUCCAGAUCAAGUGUGAACUGAGGGUGCUGUCGAAGUUCGCUUUCAGUUUGUCUCAGGAUUGUGAACUACCGGACCGAAAGGAGGAGAAGGAGCAGAAGCCCCUGAAGGAAGGCGUCCAGGACAUGCUGGUCAAACACCACCUCUUCAGCUGGGACAUCGACGGAUAGGGAGACCCCGACUCGGAGCCUGAUGGCCCUGGUGCCCGGUCUCCCUGGCAACACUGCCUCGUUGCCCUCGGCAACAUCAGCCUCCUCUCCCCGGCUGGAGGGGUGUAGAGUCUGCAGGGUGUCCUUUCCCCCCUGUGCUCCAUAGGCAGUUAGUUUAACAGGGCCAGUUGCAGCCUUUCAGCUCAGGACAGAGGGCAGUUUAAUAAUCAUGGCGGAGGAUAAUGAAUUGUUUUUUGUUUCCCAGUAAUUGCAAGCCAUCUGUGUCAUUUGCGUAGGUCAGUUGCUGGAGCUAUCGCUCGCAGUUUCUCAGCAGUUCAGGUCAUGGCUACAGCGUGCGCGUCGUAUCGGUCCUGCUCGACGUGUCGCGGUGCUCACCUCCGCCGUGGUCUGCCAGCUUGCAGUUGUUGUUGAUCACUGUGGCCCCGCUGGGAGCGAGAGGAGGGUUACCGGCCCUGCGGCCCUGGAGAGCUGGAGGCCAGGUGUUGAAGCCUGCAGUCCUGCUCUUCCAGUCCCUGCUUCGCCGCCGCUGAGACGGCCCGGCCCUCUUAGGGUGGGGCUGGAGCCCCCCCCCUGCCGCCAGCAGGAGCCCUGUGUCCUGUGCUGUCCCUCCCGUCCUCGUGCCGACAGAGUGGGAGGGCUCCGUUUCCUGAGCCACAGUGCACUGCGCUCCAGGCUCUGGCCUGCCGCGGGGCUGACUGAAGCCUGGGGCUGCCACUGGAGGCCACUGCUAGCAAAGGUAGAUUUUGCAGGAGGGGGGGUCUGGAUGACUGGACCGGUAUAGGAACUGCAAGCUGGUCAGUACAGUUCUUUGUCUUCGGCCGCCCUUCGUUUUCUGUGUGUGUGUGUUGCUAUUAAGUUUCCACUGAAACAGCUGAUUUGCCAAAUUCCUAUCCAUGUACCCGCUUUUAAAAACACCUGUUUUCUUGCAUAGUCCAUGGCAGUGAUCCUCCUGGCCAGCUGCUGCAUUGGCUGCAUGCUGUCUUAAUCAGUCUGGCUGUGGCCCCGUUUCCCUCUGUCCUGCCUACGUGUAAAAGGAGGCACAGUGCUGACCAUGUGUUUUCUUUAUACUGUACCUUAUAAUCAGAGCUGGUUCAGUACAAUGCAAACUGCUCUUUUACUCACUGAAAUUUAACAGUGCACUCCUCACUGAAACCUUGCACUCUCUAACCCUAGGCUGCCAGUUCUAUAAUUAAGACCUCUACAAAAAUCAAUGCACCCCUCCAGCAGUAGUGUUAAAUCUGUUCUCUGCUGCUAUACAGUAGUUGUUGAUAAUUAGUGGAGAUUAGCAGACCUCAUGGAUGUGUAUAAGACUCAUUUUGUGUUUUCAUGUUCUCUGGCUCUGUAGAAAAGCAGUGCCAGGUCAUGCAGGUCAGGCCAUCUGCAUGUUUCACAAAAGUGAGUGAAGGGCAGUUCUGUGUUUGUUAAUUUAUAUCAUAGCCCAGUGUAAAUAAGAAUAAUAAAAUUCUAUAUUCCCUGUAAAAGCA